AUGCCUUCGUCGACUGCAGAUGCAGUCUCCGGCACCUAUUGGGUCGAAGAUCGGGGCCGUCACUUCUAUGACAUGGUGUCCCGGGGCUCACCGCGCGGCAGCGGAGGCCAGCCUUCGGAGCGAAGCCGUCGCGGCAAGCAGAUGGAUCGGCUCAAGCACACUGAGUUGCCUGCUUUGGAGAGCCUAGACGAGCUGCUGGCCAGGACCCGAAUCAUCUCAGAGUUGGACACGCAACGGCAGAACGAGGCGCCUUUGAAACUUCCUCCCAUCCGCAUGGAGACCCAGGACCAUCUGCAUCAACGGACUGGUGACUUCCAUGAGUGGCUGAGGCAUCCCAAAGCUCAGCCCCGGCGGCCGAGCGCUGACGAGGCCGAGCGGCCUCCUCUCUCCUGGCACCUUCUCCUGCUACGAGCUUCGUACGAUGACAGCUCCCUCAAGGCAACAACAGUUGCAGACUGGCUGGCAGAGGUGUUGGACCUGCCGAGCGAGAUCGCUACAACGCGUGCGCAGGCCGCUGUGACGCGCCCAGCCGUACACCUCGCGACCUUUCCAGCCUGGUCUGAAGUGACUGAGAAGGCGGACAGUCUGCGGGCUCUCGGCCUUGCAGUUCAGGUGGGAUCAACCAGCUUACACCGAGCCAUCGUCAGCAAUCGACGCAGCAAGAUUGGGGGUCCAGUACCCAAAGAGAGCUACAUGGAUUUGUUCACAGGAAUGGCCCUGGCCAGCCGCAAGGCAAAAAAGAGGCGGAUAAAGCGGCCUCCAGGCAGCAAAAGUCAGGACCACCGGAAGGUCUGGCGAGGAAUCUCGCAGAAGUUGGUCGUGAACGUUCUGUCGAAGGACCCUGUCCAGGAACUCUUCAAGGAGGAGAGUGGUGAGGCUUUUGGGGCUACAGACAGUGGCCCGGCUGCACUGACGACCGUAGGCACAGGACAAGGUGAGUCACAAGCCGAGAGAAACCAGUGGGAUGCUGCCACGCUGAGAAGGAGACAGUUGAAGAAGCUUCUUCAGCGUUCCAAGAAGGUGAUGGUGCAGGCACAGGCAAAGGAGCCGGAGUCCCAACCCGUCUCGAAGACGCCAUCGUCAAGGCCCGACGCCAUGAGCAGAAGUGCGAGCAAAAGCCAGAUUGAACGUGCCGUCCGUCUUAACCCACAUCGACGAGAGGCUUGCCAGAUGAUGCGCUUUUUCGUCUUCGGUCUU